UUGACUCGAUACAAUAUAAAGUGAACAGAUGUCACUUGUGGUGUAGAAACAACAAGUGUUGGUUGAAAAAUGGCAGCGCCGUAGCGUAGCAUCAUCAGAAACCAAAACCGCAGUGAUGAUUUUGUGACAAAAAUAAUAAUAUCAUAGUUAUUAUUAGCGCUGCGAGAUCCGGUCUGAUUGAUUAAAAUUAACUGGUCCCAAUGACAUGGGAAUUUGUAGCAGAAGGCACUUUCUACUGACAAUAUGCAUCCUUCAGCUUAUCACAACAAUAGAGCGUCAGGUGUUCGACUCACUUGGUUUCAUGUGGGCACCGAUACUGGUCAAUUUUUUCAACAUCAUAUUUGUUAUUCUCGGAUUUUUUGGAGCGUUUCAGUAUAGGCCUAAAUACAUUAUUGUGUAUUGUGUAUGGAACGUACUCUGGCUUGGGUGGAACAUAUUCUUGAUAUGUUUUUAUCUCAGUGUUGGAAUUUUGGACAAGGAUAGCGAUGUCCUCAAUCUGGGCACUGGUAGCUUUUCCUGGUGGUAUGCUAAUGGGCCGGGAUGCAAGCCUAAGUACAAUGUAACGGUACAAGAAGAAUCAUCCAGGCCACCAAAACCCAAUGUUACUGACUGUAUCUUGGAUUAUCAAGUCAUCGAAGUUUUUCAUGCAGGAACGCAAUGUCUUUUGGCGCUGAUGGCGACAGUGGGUGGAAUUUGCUUGAGUCGGGUUUUUCUUGAGGAAGAUGAUAGCUUUGACUUUGUCGGAGGUGGUGACUUUGGGUUGGCUGGCCACACGCCGUUACAUCCCAUGUACGUCAGCUAUUCGGCUCUUCCGCCGCCACCCUAUAAUAAUUCUAACACGAAAAGUUUGAACACUAAUAAAAGCGGCUGGUCAGGUACCGCGGGAAGUUCGCAGCGAUCUUUAAACCGCUCGGAUAAUCAUCGUCACGCUAAGAACAGCGAUAUGAUGGUGUUUAACACGUCGACUGCGCGAAGUAGAAACGCAUCGUCUAGAAAUAACACUGUCAGAAGUAACAAGAGUAAUUUAUCAGCUGUAAGAAACGUCGUUGACAGGGAUAACGCAUCCAGACAUAACGUAGAGUAUCCCAUCGAUUAUUCAAAUCCCCUAGAUUACUUGCAGAGGUCUGUGUCACCCUGCGACGAGUAUGAUUCUUUAGACGGCGCUGCCAAGGGUAGAUAUCAAAAAAGCAAACACUAUUAUCCGCAUUCAUCAAAAUACAGCCCAGUCGUAUCGGCUAAAAUGAGGCCUACUCGUACCGUAGCUAAUAAACAGCACAGAAAUUCUUACAAGCCUCGGAUUUUUACUGAUCACGUUCGCGAGCAGCCUCUAAGAUCGUUUUAUUCUGACCCUAGGCUAGCCGUUGAAGUAAACGAUACGACUGACACGCAGAACAGAGCAAAGAGUUCCAAGAGAGAAAGUCGGCCGUUGUCAUUGUAUGGGAAUAAUUUUUAGUUUAAUUAGUUCAGAGUUUAUCGAAUCCGUCAAUUUCUAGUUUACACAUCGAACAAAGUAGCACCGAAUGCUUUUCAACAGUAUGUUUCUAACAAAGAAUAAUCAGGAACGAGCUAAAUUGACUUGUAUUUUUUUUUUCUUUCUUUUUCUUCUCUCUAUCGACAACCGCGUUUCGAACGCACGUACGAUUAUUCAAUUCCUAUACUUGCCAAAUAAUUCAGAUAAGCAGAGCGUUAGUUUAGGUAGAUUUUUAGUUCCUCGUACUCGGUUUGUCGCAUCAGGAUCGUCGAUAAUUUGAAUUAAAUGCGAUUGAAUUUCUAUAUAUUUUCUAUUUCAUAUGCAUAAAUAAGUAUAAAUAUUUGCAUAUGACACAGCAUAGUAAUAACAAUGUUGAGGAUUUCAGUUCAACCAUAAGUUAUUAAAUUCAUUUGGGUUCCUACAGUUGUCGAGAAUUACUUCAUUUCCUUGAUUGGAAAAGAAAUUAAUUUCCCUACUUCAUUCGGUCGUAGAUUUUAAUUAGAGAAUUCUUUUUUCAUAAUUCUCUUACUCGUCGUAGUUUUUACUUUCGUUUUCAGUUGUAGUAUGUAUUAUUGAUAGUCUGAAACUAUACGGUGCGUAUCUAUAUUGUUUUUAAUUUAU